UAAUUAGCCAUUCGCCAAGUCAAACCUGCCUAUCUCUUGGUCAAUACUAUUGACACAGUAACCAUAAAUCCGGCGGCGUGAACGCGGCGGAUCACGCCACCGGUCAUUUCCCCGCCGAGAAUUUUACGGUAUCAGUCAAAUCGGAGAGUCCAAAUAGAACCAGAUCCAGCCGGAAAAGUCCGAUACGACGACGAAGACGAAGGAAGUAUGAAGCUCCGGCCGUCGGAGAGCAAUGUGACAGAAGAUCAGGAACUAUUCAUGGGAGUGAAGGUGAGGAGAAAAGCGUCUCUUCAUCGAGAUUACCUUGGCGAUUAUCUCGACGUGCCUUCUCAUCCUUACCUCAUGAAAAUUCUCGAAAAACAAGGGGACAGAAAAGUUCUCUUCGCUGAUAAAGUUCUAAAGUUCACGGGUUCAGGAAAGAUGAAGAGGCGCAUUCUUCUUAUCACUGAUUUUGCAAUUUACAUUGUAGACCCAGACACUGGUGCUCUUAAGAGGAGGAUUGCCCUGGCAGCUGUGGAGAAGCUCUGCUUAAGUGAACUUAGUGAUAACUUUGUUGCCAUUAUUAUCCCGACAGAGUAUGAUGUACUCAUUGCUAGCACUCGGAAGACUGAAAUUGUAACGGUCUUAGUGGAUGCUACCAAGAGUGCAUCGAACUAUGAACUUGAUGUCUUGCUCUCCAAUAGGUUUGAGUAUAAUGCAGCUGCUAACCUAGUGAAAGAAGUUCAAUUCGAGGAGGUUGAAGGUGGUGUUAAAACAAAAUUUGUGCGAAAAUAAGUUGGAUAUUUCACUGUUCGCAAGCCUGCAGGCCACAGCAGCUAUCUGCUUUGCCAUUUCAAGAUAUGGGAGUUUGUUGUUUCUUAUUUUUAUGAGUUUGUGUACCCUCGAAGUUGGGAGAUGUUGUAACAUUCUAUUGUUGUAUGUUGGUAAGUAUGAAUAGAAUGCAAUAGCAAAGGAAGGUACUCAUUCUUUCGAAUUUGUUAAUGAACUAGUUUGGGUUUCAAGUCUCAUUUCCAUAGUGUUAACUAACAUAUUGGAAGCCUGCAUGGGCAGUUUAUUAAGAUUUUCAUAUUUGGAUUUUUGUUUA